AUGUCUGUUGCGAGAAGUAUUUCUAACAAAUUAGACUGGGCAAAGGUCAUUUCCAGUUUGGGAUUGACUGGUUCUACCUCUUCAGCUUUGACUGCCUUUAAGAAGAGAAACGACGAUGCAAAAAAAGAACAUUUGUCUUUGAAGGAACAGCCAACUGAGGUUGAUUUCAGUCACUAUAAAUCUAUUUUGAAAAACAGUCAAGUUGUGGAUGAAAUUCAGAAAGCUGUCUCCUCUUUCAAACCUGCAACUUACGAUGUCUCUAAGAAUUUGAAGACUAUCGACAUUUUUGAAGAGAAAGCGGUUGAAAAUGCAAAGUUGACCGAAAAAUCUGUUUUAGAUGAAAUUAAACAGUUGCAAGACACUUUGAAGGAUAUUGAAAGUGCAAGGCCAUUCGACCAAUUGACUGUCGAUGACGUUGCCAAGGCAAGACCAGAUUUAGAUGAGAAGGUUACUUAUAUGGUAAAGAAUGGAAAGUGGGAAGUACCCGGCUACAAAGAGAAGUUUGGCGACUUGACAGUUAUGUGA